UUGCUGAACACUGACAGAUUUUCAGUUUGUUGUUUUUCAGUUCGGUUGAGUUUUUCUUUCGAUUAUAUUACAUUCCUAAACAUUAAAUUUUUUUUCAUGUUAUAGUCGUUUGUUACAGUUUAAUUUAUUAUAAUAAUCUAUAGUGUCAUGGAUCCAAGUGCUGGACCGUCUUCAUCCCGAGGGCGCGGUCGACCAUCUCGUGGUGCUUCACGAGGCAACAGUACUGGUCGGCCUUGGCGGGGUCGCGGUUUUUGGCGUCCAUACAAUCGUGGUGGUGGAUCAGGGCCUCCCCGCGAGCGUCCCGUUGGCUAUGCCCUGCCUCGAAUGGACGGCAAUGGAGAACAGACCGACGAUCCUCCCACGUCUCCGGGACUGUUGCCGGUUGGGUCUCAAUCUCAGCCGCUGCUCUCAGUUAUGCUGGAAAAGGAACCGUGCGAAUAUCCUGGUUGGAAGCUGUAUCUGCCUCAAGAGGGAUAUCGUGAAGGUUCAUCCACUUUGCAGAAAAUUCAAGCAGCAGAACGACAUUACGCCAAGUGUCCGGACCAAUACGAACUAUCCGCAAUCAAGACAAACUUGUGGUUUGAGUUGGAUAUUGGAGUGGGUGAAUCGGAUUCCGCAUUUAUGCAAGAUUGGCCCACAUUCCGACAGGAUUUGGUUGACAAUCCCGAGCAAACUUUGGCCAUGGCUGGUCUGGCGAUGCACCAAGUUGUUACCAAAGCCCUUAUGGGAGAUCUCACUUCGCAAUCGUCCGAACUAUCUCAAUCCCACGACAAACUGAUGCUUCAAGCCAUCCGGCCAAGAGUUGUGGGUCACGGACCAGAGGUUCACCUGCGACACAUGAAAAUCAACAGCUUCGGAAAGUUGUUUGCCGUACGAGGAACCAUCAUAAGAGCGGGGAAUUCUCAGGUACUGAACUCGUGGAUGGCAUUCCGUUGUUCUCUGUGCCAUGGUCAGCAAGCGAUUCGUCAGACAGACGGAAUGUUGACUCUCCCCACAUCCUGUCGAGAAGGAUGUAAAGCUAGGAGCAAUUUUAUUCCACUGCGAUCAUCCGUAUUCACGAGGACGGAAGCAUUUCAAACUGUACGCUUGCAGGAAUCUAUGCUUGGUGCUCGCUCAGGACACGGCCAGGUUCCCAGAAGCAUUGAGGUGGAGCUUACUCAUGAGCUGGUAGAUGCUGUUUGUCCUGGAGAUGAUGUAACCAUAACGGGAAUCUUGAAAGGUCGUCCUCAGGAGGAGAAUAGCUCAAAGGCUCGCACCACAGCCAGUAUGUAUAAGAUGUACAUGCAAGCAGUGGCUGUUCGUAGCAACAAAAAUUCCUUGGCCAGUUGGCAUCGAGCGGCAGAAUUCUCCGAUUUGGAUAUGGAAGCCAUACGAAUGAUUAGAUCUGAACCCUGUCCGUUCCGUUUACUGGUUCAAUCUCUAUGCCCGAUGAUAUAUGGCCACGAAAUGAUUAAGGCUGGACUAUUACUAGGAUUAUUUGGAGGUGCCUCUAUAACCAAAGGCCGCCGUUCUGAAAUUCACGUUCUCAUUGUUGGCGAUCCCGGCAUUGGAAAGAGUCAAAUGCUGCAAUCCUGUGCAGAAGUGUCUCCGAGGGGCAUUUUUGUUUGUGGUAAUAGCACCUCAAAUGCCGGAUUGACUGUUGCUGUUCGAACAGAAAAAUGUACUGGAGGAGCAUUGGAAGCAGGUGCUUUGGUACUAGCAGAUCAAGGUGCUUGUUGUAUUGACGAGUUUGAUAAAAUGUCGGGAAAUCAUCAGAUAUUGCUGGAGGCUAUGGAACAGCAAGUGGUAAGCGUAGCUAAAGCUGGAGUCAUCUGUUCAUUGCCCGCACGCACAUGUAUCCUUGCUGCAGCCAAUCCAUCCGGAGGCCAUUAUGAUAAAUCGAAAACCGUUUCGGAAAAUUUAAAAAUGAAGCCAGCUCUCCUGUCUCGAUUUGAUUUGGUUUUCAUUCAACUGGAUCGACCAAAUGCUCACCUAGAUAACUUGCUGGCCGCUCAUGUCCAGCGAUUGCACGGAAUGCAAAAUGGACAACAACCACAGGGUGCCGCUUUUCAGGCACUUCUCAUCGGAAUGGGGACAACAACUAUACACGGAUCGCAAGCCGAAACACCUCUUCACGAACGAUUGAAAAUCAGAGCCAACGAGAAAAUGGACUUACUACCAGUGGAGCUUAUACAAAAAUACAUAGCUUACGCUCGUAAGAACAUCCAUCCCAAGCUAACAGAAGCUGCAGCCCUAGAGAUUAGGAAUUUUUACGCCGAAAUGCGCAGAGCUCAGCAGGGAAUGGACUCCAUACCGGUGACAACUCGCCAGCUAGAGGCCUUGGUGCGUCUUACCCAGGCCAGGGCACGAAUGGAUCUCGAAUCAGAGGCAACUCUUCAACACGCCCAAGACGUUAUCGCUAUUCUGCGGUACAGUAUGAUCGAUGUGUUCAGCAACGACGUGGGCGAUCUGCAACCGAAUCGUCUGAUGAACGGCGCCGGUGUGAGUCAGACUAGUUUGGUGAAACGAUACGUGCGGCUGUUGCAGUCCAAGGUGGCGACGCAGAACAAAACCAUUUUCUCGCUGGCGGAACUGAAGCAGAUGGCUGGCGUUGGUACGGAUUUCAACCGGUUGCUGGAUGCGCUAAACAUUCAAGGCUUUUUGCUCAAGAAGGGACGCGAUUUGUACAAAUUCAUGGCGGAUUGAAAGUAAGUGGGAAAUACGGAUAUUCUCUAUAAAGCUGUUGGUACAUUUAAAA